GUUUAUCGUGGCCACUGUUUAAUUCAGUGCAUACUAAUACUUUCCUACCCUUGCAACUCUUCGGUGGAGUGAUAGGAUCUAAUAGUAUGUUGUGUACAACUAAGAGAUGAAGAUGUGCUGAGAAGCAGAUGUAGGAGUCCACUGAUUCCCAAACAGUGUCUUUUGGCAUAACAGACCUGGAGAAAAGAAGACCUGGAUAUAAUGCCUGUACAUUCCUUGCUCCGUGUUGAAGAUGAAAAAAACCCCCAAACCUCUACUGUCUUAAUACAUGCAAAAACCUACCUGUGCCCUUAUAUGAAGUAAUUUUUAGGUAAGUAUUGUCUCUGUAGGUGUGGCUGUAUUUGUCUCCAGGAAGGGUUUUAUAUCCUGCCCUUCUCCCUCCACACAAGCUAGUAUCAGUGGUACUUAGUUUCUAAACCUAGAUCUGCCUUGUUGUUAUGGCUUAUUUUGGGAUGUUAGCUGGUUUCCAUAAGGAAGGGUGGGAUUCUCUCAGACGUUCUUAUAAGACGUGCUCCACCAGAGUAAAUUUUGGGACAUUCUAUUUUGGCAUAAUUGCUUCCUACUUGCUAGGAAAAGGGGUGGUGAAAAUGUGGAAAUUCUGGCUCUUAAUAAUUUGGAGGCUACAAAUUGUUCAGAAGGAGUUCUAGACAACAAAUUGGUGAACUCUGGUAAACCCUGGGGUGGUGUAAUUGCACAGCUUACAGCCUAGGUUCUCCUUCAAACCUUGACCUUAAUUCCCGAUUAUGUUCAUCCCUCCACUUCUUCCCUUGUGUUUCAAAGAUACAAAAAUAAGGCAAAACUUGUGCUCUGCCCCCUUCCAGAUCCAAGUUAAUUGUAGCUGCUCUUGCAUGUGUUCACCAGGACAUUGCCAUCUAUUUAGGCAUCCAAAAUAACACCCUGUGCCCUUGCAUCUGGUAUGCAGAAUUAAGUCCAUUCAUUGCCAUGGAAUUGAAAAUGAAAUGAAGAUGGCUGGGAGGCUGUGAUACGUGGAUGUUGCGCCCACCAUUUGUUACGUAGCCGCAAGCGUGAAACUAUGCAUGCGCCGAUUUUUGUUUCUGAAUGUUUCUGACGUUGUGAGCUUGUCUGCCCGCUGUUGGGAAUGUGUGAUGAGAGCUGAAUGCGUGAUUUUGUUAGUGCUUCUAUUUUUAUUUUGUUGGUGCUUUUGCAUCACUAAUCAAAUACAAGCCUCCUAUUGUUCUCCCUGCAGCUUCCUUCCAGUACAUGCUUAUAUUUAGUUAUUUUAAUAAUAAUACUCCGGGUUUGUAAUCCUGAAAGAAGCCGGAGAGAUGAUAAACUCCUUUUCUGAUUACUAAAUACAUUUGAUUCAUAUAACAGAUGGCUGUUAUUUGAUAUGCUGUUGUUAUCCAAGCUGUACAGAGGGGCAGAAACUCGCCGGAGCAAUGACUUGAAGGCAUGAGAGGAUGUCCUCGCCCGGUCCUCUCCAUGGAAUGGCAGCAGUGAUGCCAUUUUACCCAACAGCUUCACUUCAGAGAGGAACAAAUUGUUUUCAGUGUCCUCUCCCUGCCUUGCAGAGGUGGCCCAGGGGCGCGCAGCCCUCCCAGCUGGCGGGCCAGCCUUUCGGGGCUCUUGGGUGCCCAGAUUUUGGUGGCAGAAGGCGGCUGCGGUGCCGGCGGGGAUUGGCUGCCCCCCGCUCCCCUCUGCCUCUCGUCCUGCGCAGCCCCCGCCAGCGCCGCUGAAUCUCGAAACAGCCCGAUUUACAUCCAUUCAUGAAUCCGUGACGUCAGCACGCUUCUCUGCUUCUUUGCAGCAGGCUGCAGGAUUGUGUGGGUGGAAUUUCCUUUUAUUUUGCAACACUUCCUUUUUUUUUUUUUUUUUGCCUUCCAUCUUUUUAAAACAAGAAAAUGGAGCAUCACAUAGGAAAUCUCAAUCCUUGUACUGGCUUCAUGUGUCACAUCUGAAUUGUGUUGUACUAAUUCUCUAAGUACCAACUUAGACCAUCUCCUUGAUGCACACUCACAGCAUCAUGGCCAGUACUCAGGAGCGCCUGAGCUUGUCUUCCUCUCCAAACUCAAUUGGCAAAGCUUUCUGUGAAGAUAAAGACUUUAGUAGGUUACAUGAUGAACAUGCACCUACUGGAAACCACCCAUCCCCCGAGCUCAUAGAGGAUGUGCGUGAGAAGGGCUUGCUGCAGGCAGACCUCAUCGAAAACAUGAGCAGCCCGGUCACUGCAGCGGUGCUGACCAGCAUCAGUGAGGACUCUAGGGACCAAUUUGAGAACAGCGUGCUGCAGCUGCGAGAGCAGGAUGAGUCUGAAACAGCCAUUCCUCAGGGCAACAGGAGCACUAUGGAUGGAGAGAGCAACAGUGGAGCGGAUGACGUUAAAGUCCAGUUCAACAGAUCAGGCAGUGGAAGCGGUGGAUUUCUUGAAGGACUUUUUGGUUGUCUGAGGCCCGUGUGGAACAUCAUAGGCAAGGCAUACUCCACAGACUACAAACUGCAACAGCAAGAUACCUGGGAGGUCCCGUUCGAGGAGAUCUCGGAGCUGCAGUGGCUGGGCAGUGGUGCGCAGGGAGCUGUCUUCUUGGGCAAAUUCCGGGCAGAGGAGGUGGCCAUCAAGAAAGUGAGAGAUCAGAACGAAACGGAUAUCAAGCACUUGCGGAAACUCAAACAUCCUAACAUCAUUGCGUUCAAGGGAGUUUGCACUCAAGCCCCAUGCUACUGCAUUAUCAUGGAGUACUGUGCACAUGGGCAGCUCUACGAAGUCCUGCGAGCGGGGCGGAAAGUCACCCCUCGGCUGCUCGUGGAUUGGUCCACGGGGAUUGCAAGUGGGAUGAAUUAUCUGCACCUUCACAAAAUCAUCCAUCGAGACCUCAAGUCACCAAAUGUUUUGGUUACACACACAGAUGCAGUAAAAAUUUCAGAUUUUGGUACAUCUAAAGAACUCAGUGAUAAAAGUACCAAAAUGUCUUUUGCGGGAACUGUGGCUUGGAUGGCCCCAGAGGUGAUACGCAAUGAGCCUGUCUCUGAAAAGGUGGAUAUCUGGUCAUUUGGGGUAGUUUUGUGGGAGCUGCUUACAGGAGAGAUCCCCUACAAGGAUGUGGACUCUUCGGCCAUCAUUUGGGGAGUGGGCAGUAACAGCCUGCACCUUCCUGUCCCUUCGACGUGCCCAGAUGGCUUCAAAAUCCUCAUGAAGCAGACCUGGCAGAGCAAGCCCCGGAAUCGUCCCUCCUUCCGGCAGACACUGAUGCACCUGGACAUCGCAUCUGCUGAUGUGCUGGCUACUCCUCAGGAAACCUAUUUCAAAUCACAGGCUGAAUGGAGAGAAGAAGUGAAGAAACAUUUUGAGAAAAUUAAAAGUGAAGGAACUUGUAUCCACCGGCUAGAUGAAGAAUUGAUUCGUCGUCGAAGAGAAGAACUGAGGCAUGCAUUGGAUAUCCGCGAACACUAUGAGAGGAAGCUGGAGCGAGCCAACAACUUAUACAUGGAGCUCAGUGCUAUUAUGCUGCAGCUGGAGGUCCGUGAGAAGGAGCUCAUAAAGAGGGAACAAGCAGUGGAAAAAAAAUACCCUGGGACUUACAAACGCCACCCAGUUAGACCCAUAAUCCACCCCAAUACAGUGGAGAAGCUGAUGAAGAGGAAAGGGGUCUCCCAUAAACCAGGCAGCCAGACUAAACGGCCAGAUCUACUGAAGUCAGAGGGCAUACCCAGCGCGGAAGCAGCAUCCAAUGGCUCACCAGUCUCAGGAAGUCCCAAAAUGUCAACACUGAGUGGCAAAAGCCGCUACCGCAGUAAGCCACGUCACCGCCGAGGGAACAGCAAAGGCAGCUACAAUGAUUUUGCAGGGAUCUUGAAAAACCAGCCAGUGCAAGAUGAUGCACCUCCACCUCAUAAUCAUUCUCAUCACCCCGGCCUCCCGCAGCAACCUGGCCACAGCCAUCCCCAUGGCCAUCACUCACGGCUUCAUGCCCACGGACAAGAUAUUGCCAACUGCGCGAACAACUUAAGGUACUUUGGCCCUGCAGCAGCGCUGCGGAGCCCUCUCAGUAACCACGCGCAAAGGCGGAUGUCUGGGUCCAGCCCCGACCUCAUCUCCGCUGCCAUGGAAGCAGAUUGCCGAAGGAAUCUGGAGAGCAAAGAAAGCAAAGCUGAUCAUUGGGAGUGUUGCAAAACAGAUCCGUAUGAUUCCUGUCUUCAGUGCAGGGACGAGGACAGUGGUCAGGUACAGAUGUCAUCCGUUGAAACAGGGAUGAGCCAUUCUCAAUCACCAACAUCUGCUUCCCUAUACGAAAACGCGCAGUUCAUUGAGAAGAUGGAGGAGGAGGGUUUCAGCAGCUCUAAGUCAGCGUCCGCCUUAGGCACUCCCCAGCACAUGGCUUCCUCAGUGCUACCUUGCAAAGCAAGACCCCUUCAAAAGAGCGGUGAUGACUCUUCAGAAGAGGAAGAGGGCGAAGUAGACAGUGAAGUGGAGUUUCCUCGUAGACAAAGACCUCACCGCUGCAUUAGCAGCUGCCAGUCCUACUCAACCUUCAGCUCGGAGAACUUCUCUGUGUCAGACGGAGAGGAGGGGAACACAAGCGAUCAUUCGAACAGCCCGGAUGAGCUGGCUACCAAGCUGGAAGAUGAGCUGGCUGAGAAGCUGGAGGACAUGUUGUCCCAGACUCCAGAGAUCCCCAUUGAAAUCUCCACCCAGUCUGAUGGGCUUUCAGACAAAGAGUGUGCUGUGCGGAGAGUCAAGACUCAGAUGUCUCUGGGCAAACUUUGUGCAGAUGAACACAGCUGUGAGAACCCAGCACAGUUUGGAGAAUCAGACUGUGACUCUUCUGAAGGGGAGUGUUCUGAUGCCACGGUCAGGACCAAUAAGCCCUGCAGCUCUGCUACUUGGAAGAGAAGAUGCUUCUCCUUCCCACCCCAGGAGUGAUUUGCAAUAACCCGAAUCUCUGGAAAAUGUCCAAAUGAAAUUAAUUCUCUUUGAGCAUUUCAAUCAAGAAUGGCAGGGAUGUAUUUUAUUGAAUAAUCUAGUUACUGUAACAUGGAUAUUUAUUUUUUUGACAUUUUAACACUUUUUACUGUAAAGAGUGGAUUGUAUUUAUAGACACACAGACUUGUUGCAAAAAAAAAAACAAACAAAAAAAAACAAACCACGUUCAGAAAGCAAGCACAUUACAGAGAAACAUCCUGGGAGUCCUGCCUGGACAGCUUUGUGUACAAAUGCAGGGGGAUUCUCUUGCUGCUUUCACAGGGGACCAGGCCUCGUGGCCCUGAAGAUUGGAGAACAGAUCAAGAAAACUAAACCACUCAGUCUUAUCAAAUGAGGAAGCAUAAAAAGACCUUACUAUAGGGUAACCUGUGAACAAAGCAUAUUCAGUAUAACCAGCUGGGUCAUUUUUAAUCAGAAGGUGGACAUGUUCCUGGAGAAAAUUGGUACUGAGGUGCUAGCAUCCAGGGUCUUCUGAGUCGAUACAUCCCCAGGAAUGUAAUAGUGGGUUAUAUUUGAAGGAUUUUUAGUUUCUUUUUUAAUCAGCAUUUUGUUGUGAGAUCCUGCAAAUGUAUUCUAACCUCGUCCUCUCGAGAAUUGGUAUAAGAGCACUUCUUAACAUCAUCCUUGCUUCACUCUGGCAGUGUCGAUCUCCAGUUGAGCAGGGAAACCUCUUUCAGAUGCAGUGUGCCAUUUCCCAGUUUACUUCCUCCUCUUACCUCCUGCCUGUUUCAGUCAGUCAAAGAAAUCAAUCAAAUCAGUGUUGGAAAAGCAAGAACUUGCAAACCGUGGAAAGCACAUUCUGCAGAGCCUGAGCACUCUUCUGGGGAGGAAACUGGAGAUGCCUGUACUGGACUCGGAGAAGCAGUCUCUCACCUACAACAGCGUCGAUAACCAGCAGAGAGCUGUGUGUUGAGGGGGAAGACUGGGAAUCACUGGCCUAGAUAAGAGCAUUAGCCCUGCUCCGUCUCCUUAUUCACUGUACAUUCUUGAAAGCAUUAACAGCUGCCUGCCCUUCAUGUCAGGCUUUGUGCAAAACAGGUUGCACAGGGAAUCCUGAUGGUAGCUGUGUCUUGGGUGUACCAUGAGGCCUCUGUUUCUCCUUCAGGCUGAAACGCUGCAGGUGAAAGUGAGGAUAGAACUGGUAUGUGGCAGGCCGAGGCAUUGGCAGAUGAGAAAAAUUUGUUUUCUGAUAGAACUCAUAGUGCCUUCCCUUCAAACACUACUCUUCUAAGUCAAUAUUUAAAGAGAACAAAAUGAUAGAGCACGGUUCCCCCCCUACCUUAGUUGGUGUCCCCCUGCAAGAGCUUUCACUCUGCCCUUCCUGGCGUGCCGGCUGGCGCGGCUGCACCACGUGUGUGGCACACGGCCGCGCUGCUGGGUGCUGCUCUGCAGACUGGCACACCAGCCUGAGAUGAAUGGCAGGAAUGGACCAUGGACAGGUACUUCUGUUGCUUUGUUUGUUUACAUUUUAUGUUAAAAUAUUGGUUUGAAUUUAACUGUGGUAAUUUAUAGCCUCAUGGCAAAAUGAAGGAAAAUGUCUUACUUAUACAGAGAGCAGUAUUGUAUGAGUUAAAUUAUCCCAUAUUUUUAAAUUUUUGUAGCUGGACUACACACAGAUCUUAAGUUAUGAUGUUAUUUUAUUAUUUAUUAUCAUUUCUGUAGAUCAGAAGGUUGGCUUCACCGCUAGCACAAUUGUAAUCUGUUCGUGUGAUGUUACCUUCUCCCUGAUCGCUGGGGGGGAUGGGAGCAGAGCUGGUCUCAGCAGCUGUCAGUAGUUGCUGCCUGUCGUGAUUUCCAAGGAUGCUGUUAUACUGGGGCAGAGAACCUGUCCGGGCCGGGCUGAGAGGGAUGGAUGCCGUCAGCCCCAUGAUAUUCCCUGUGGUUGAAGCUGCCAUUUGCCCAUGUUGCCAGUAGAGCUGGCAGCCCCUGAACUGGUGGGGAACGGUGAUCAGGGAGCGAGUGGCCUUUGAAUUGAUCACAAAGCGAAUAACCAUCACAAGGUCCCCUGGCAAGAGCAUCCAAAAGGACAAGCAGAAAGGAGGGCAAUUGCUCUGGGCAGCGGGUGCAAAAUCGGGGUGGCCAGCAGCGGUUCCACUGCCCGGUGGAUCACCCGUCAGGACCAAGCAGGCUGCUGGAGAGGGAGCGAGUGGCUCGUGGAGGCAGAAUGCCGUGGGAAGCGAAGCUCUUGCCUGGCUUGUUUGUUGUUUCCUCUCUUCCCACCCCUCACUUCCCCCAAAUGUUCUCUGUCUCUCAGCCAGCCAGGAGGAGGUGGCAGGCCAGCGAUGGCUUUGCUGUCGUGGCGUGAGGAGUAUUUUGGUGUUGAAGAGGUGGGUGUGGAUGAUUACUCAGGAGGCUGGGGUGCAGGAAUUUAGUGGUGGAGAACUGUGUGCGCAUAAUAUACGCACACAAAGAGACAGACUGAACUAUUGCAUGAAGAGAGGUUGAGAUCUACCAUCAGAUGUCCCCCACAGGAGAGGAUGCCAGGCCUUAUGCCCUGGGAGAGGCUCUGCUGCUCAGGUGUGGCAGGCUUCCCGGGCUCCGACAGGCAGGGCUGCUCGGUGCCGGUGGGCAGCACGGUGCCGGCCCAGGGCCCCGCGGUGUGCUAGGGCAGCCCUGCAGCCACCGGCCCCGAGCAGAGCUGCCCCGGCACAGGCCUGUCGGUGCCUCCAGGCAGGAGAUUCAGGCUGCCAUGGUUUAGUCCCUAACAAAAAGAUCCCGGAGGGGGGGGUUGGUAGCUGUGGUCUCUGCUUAGAGCUCAUCCACCAGGUGAUGAAGUUCCUCUGGGCUUGGAGAGAAGCAUAGAAGCUUUGAUGUGUGGGAUUUUGGGACCCUUCUGGGCCAGCUGUCCCGGGUGUGUGCCGAUCCCUCCCCGUCCUUGCUCGGGGACACGCUGGCCCAUUCUGUGGCCUGGAAAAGCAGAGUGGAACCCUUUGGGUUGUCUUGCUGCCACACUGAGCUCUAGUUUCUUUACAUACCCAGGUCACCACGCUGUUACGGUCCGGUGUCACUCCUCCUAACCGCUGCCUACUACGCAGCGUCCCUCUGGGGCUGCCACUAGGGCAGGCCCCUUGCCUAAACGCAUAUCCCUGUACCUGCUGUACCUGCGGAGAUGUAACCCCAGCCUGCCCCACAGACACCUCGUGCCCUCGGCUGUGUGCGGGCAGGGGCGGCUCAGCAGCCCCCCGCCUUCCUGAGACAGUUGUGGCCGGUUCUGCGGGGGGCUCUUGGGUGUUUUGCUUAGUGAAACCUGCCCUGAAUAGCAGACAGACGUGAUGCUUCACGGGCGCCCGCUGCAGUUCCUUGCACUUUCUCUUCUAGCAGGGUAUGGGGCUGAGAGGCAUGCAUUGACCUGCUUCCUUCUCGCAGUAACACCGCGUUUGCGGGACAGAAGUAAACCGUGGGUUCGUUCCCUUUUCAGCAUCCCGACUACCCUGAUCCAGUUCUCAUGGCUGCUGACAGCUCCUGAACACUAGCCUAGAUUUUUCUCCCAGAGCUGAAUGUUGCCUUCCCCACUGUCGUGUUAAGUAACCAUUUCAUCUUGGCCCUGUCCAGUAGUGUUCAUCUCUCUCCUCCCUGCUCUGCGGAUUCCUGAUACAAACUUGAUGAUUUUUUUUUUUUUUUUUUGUAUUGAACAGUGUACAGUGAUGGAAACAAGAAUGACUAUCAAAGCAAACAAUGCAUGGAAUAAAAAGCCAGUGUACUUCAAAGCUUCUCA